AUGACGCCCGAUGAGCUUGAAUUCCAUGAGUACUUCAUCGAGCCGUGCCUGCCUCAGGUUAAGAACAGUCUGCGGCCGGCCAGCCAAUGUGCUAGAAAUUUCACCGCCAAUCAACCCGUCUACUCCCGACUGCUCACCCAGGAAGUCGACCCCAACGCGAAGUCCCGGCUCAUCCACCAGCUCUACCAGAUUGAAGAUGACCCAGAAUACGCGGCCCAGCUCGCCGAUCUGCUGUACGGACACUCGGGCGAUUGGCAGUAUGGAUUACGCUUCAUCCGCGACUUCAUGAACAACAACACGUCCAGCCGGGACACCUCGAUUCUUCGCUUACUCUCCAAAAAUGGACGAGUCCGAGGCCGCCUACUCGAGUUUCUGGAGCACCACGGACCGGAGAUCUACGAAAAGCUCGGCCAGCACCGUAGGCUUUGCAAGAACUUCUACGAGUCGCUGGUCCCCACCGCGACAAAUUCGGAGGAAAUGAUGCAGGUCCACCGAAUCCGCGAAAAUUCCCCGGAUGCCUCGCUGAAAAUGGCGGCCUUUUGGACGAAUCGCCUGGGGCAGCACACGCUUGGGCCAUGGAGAAAU